AAUUAACUUGCUGUGUAUUUUCUUGAAUCUUCUUAAUUAAGAUGGCAUUUUAUUCACAACUACUUCAUUGUAGUUUCUACUUGUCUGUGUUAAUGUUGUUGUUUUCAGUGAAUUUUAGACUUUGUUGGGCAGAUUUAUCUUCGGACUACUAUGAGAAAUCAUGUCCAAAAGCUAUGUAUACCAUUAAAAACGCAGUAGCAAAUGCUGUGUGGAAGGACCGCCGCAUGGGGGCCUCUUUGCUCCGUCUUCAUUUUCAUGAUUGCUUCGUUAAUGGAUGUGAUGGAUCCAUACUAUUGGAUGAUACUUCAGAUUUCACAGGAGAAAAAACAGCAACACCAAAUUCAAAUUCGCUAAGAGGAUUUGACGUGAUAGAUACAAUCAAAUCUCAAGUAGAGAAAGUAUGUCCUGGAAUUGUUUCUUGUGCUGAUAUAAUAGCUGUUGCUGCACGGGAUUCUGUCGCAGUGUUAGGUGGGCCUUCGUGGACAGUCCAAUUAGGCAGAAGAGAUUCUACAACAGCAAGUUUAAGUGCAGCAAAUAGCGAUAUCCCGUCUCCUUUAUCGGAUCUUAGUGACCUUAUUUCUAACUUCGCCAAUAAAGGGUUCACUGCUAAAGAAAUGGUUGCCCUCGCAGGUGCUCACACGAUAGGCAAAGCACAAUGCUCAACAUUCCGAGAACGUGUGUACAACGAAACAAACCUCGAUUCAACUCUGGCUACAUCGUUGAAAUCAGACUGUCCUAGUACAGGUGGAGACGACACCGUUUCAUCACUUGAUGUAACCACCCCUUCAUUAUUCGACAACCAUUUUUACAAGAACUUGGUGGACAAUAAAGGGGUUCUUCACUCAGACCAACAACUAUUUAGCGGCGGUUCUACAGACUCUCAGGUCAAAACUUAUAGUACUCACCCUACAACAUUUGAUGAAGAUUUUGCAAGCGCUAUUGUUAAAAUGGGAAAUUUAAGCCCACUUACUGGAAGUAAUGGUCAGAUUCGGAGCAAUUGCAGGAAAAUCAACUAAUUAAUUAAUCAGGGUGCACCUAUAUAAGUUGUGGUGGUAGUAAUAUUUAUGUAAUUGUGAGUGAACUCAAGUUUGUAAUGUGUUUGUAUUUUGUUCUAAGUUUGUAACAUGUUUGUAUUUUGUUCUAAGAAGAACAACUGGUUGCGUGAAUAAAAACUUUAAUUUCCAA